ACCUCCCGCCUCCGCGCCCAACGUCCGCGUCGCCGUUCUGCGCCGCCGCCAUGGCCGACGUGGAGGACGGCGAAGAACCCUGCGUCCUUUCCUCGCACUCCGGGAGCGCAGGCUCCAAGUCGGGAGGCGACAAAAUGUUCUCCCUCAAGAAGUGGAACGCCGUAGCCAUGUGGAGCUGGGACGUUGAGUGUGAUACCUGCGCCAUCUGCAGGGUCCAGGUGAUGGAUGCCUGUCUCAGAUGUCAAGCUGAGAACAAGCAGGAGGACUGUGUUGUGGUCUGGGGAGAAUGUAACCAUUCGUUCCACAACUGCUGCAUGUCCCUGUGGGUGAAACAGAACAACCGCUGCCCUCUGUGCCAGCAGGACUGGGUGGUCCAAAGAAUCGGCAAGUGAGAGGUGGUACAGACUCGCCUGGUGUGGCUGGUGACCCUGGACAACCUUGCCAUCCAGUUACUGGACAAAGACUAGACACUCCAGGGAAUUCAUCCUUCAGAUGGAGAGGGUACGGGGCAGCCUUUGAGGCUCACCCAAGGUUUAUCAUAUUGUCUGUUUAAUUUUGGGAAAUUCUCUACAAUUAAGAAGAUAAUUUAUUAAAAAUGGCUUUUCCUA